GUGGCGGCGGCGGCGGCGGCCUGGGACGGCCGCCUCGGCUCGGCUUGCUCUUCUCGGCUCAGCCCGGCCCACCCUGCCCAUGCUGCUGGGCACCUCGCGGCUCCCGGGCCGCUGCCUGGGGCUGCUGCGCCCGCUGCUCGCCCGCGGGUACCGCGGCGAGGCGGUGGCGGCCGUGGGGUCGCGCCCCGACGCGGCCUCCGCGCUCUACCAGGAGAACUAUGAACGAAUGAAAGCACUGGUAACUGAACUACAAGAACAAGCAGAAAAAAUAAGGUUAGGAGGCGGAGAAAAAGCUCGUAAGCUUCAUACAUCAAGAGGAAAGCUGUUACCCAGAGAGAGAAUUGACAAGCUUAUUGAUCCUGGAUCUCCAUUUCUGGAGUUCUCCCAGUUUGCUGGUUACCAAUUGUAUGGUAAUGAAGAGGUACCUGCAGGAGGCAUUAUCACAGGCAUUGGACGAGUAUCUGGGAUGGAAUGCUUGAUUGUUGCUAAUGAUGCAACUGUCAAAGGUGGUACCUAUUAUCCCAUCACUGUUAAGAAACAUUUACGUGCUCAAGAAAUUGCAAUGCAAAAUCAUCUCCCUUGCCUUUAUUUGGUUGAUUCUGGAGGAGCAAAUUUACCUCGGCAAGCAGAAGUAUUUCCAGAUCGAGAUCAUUUUGGCCGUAUUUUCUAUAAUCAAGCAGUCAUGUCCUCACAAGGCAUUCCACAGAUAGCAGUAGUCAUGGGAUCCUGUACAGCAGGAGGAGCAUACGUACCUGCAAUGGCUGAUGAAAGUAUUAUUGUUGGCAAACAGGGAACAAUAUUCCUGGGAGGGCCACCACUGGUUAAAGCAGCAACAGGUGAACAGGUUUCAGCAGAGGAUCUUGGAGGGGCAGAUCUUCAUUGCAGAAAAUCUGGUGUAACAGAUCAUUAUGCUUUGGAUGACAAUCAUGCACUUCAUCUGGCAAGGAAAGUUGUAAGAAGUUUGAAUCUCCAGAAGAAAGUAGAUGUGACUAUAGAACCAUCAGAAGAGCCUUUAUUUCCAGCUGAUGAAAUCUAUGGAAUAGUUGGUGACCAGCUAAAAAGAAAUUUUGAUGUCAAGGAGGUCAUUGCUAGAAUUGUAGAUGGAAGUAAAUUUGAUGAAUUCAAAGCCUUGUAUGGGGAUACUUUAGUUACAGGAUUUGCAAGAAUUUUUGGUUAUCCAGUAGGAAUUAUUGGAAACAAUGGAGUUCUUUUCUCAGAGUCAGCAAAAAAGGGUACACAUUUUAUCCAGUUGUGUUGCCAGAGAAAUAUUCCAAUUGUGUUUUUGCAGAAUAUUACAGGUUUCAUGGUUGGCAGAGAAUAUGAGGCUGGAGGGAUAGCAAAAGAUGGUGCCAAGAUGGUAACUGCUGUAGCUUGUGCCAAUGUACCUAAAAUAACCAUCAUUAUUGGUGGCUCUUAUGGAGCUGGAAACUAUGGGAUGUGUGGAAGAGCAUAUAGUCCAAGAUUUCUAUAUAUGUGGCCAAAUGCUCGCAUAUCGGUGAUGGGAGGGGAACAAGCUGCAACUGUUCUAGCUACAAUAGCUAAGGACCAAAAAGCAAGGGAGGGAAAACAGUUGUCUGAGGCAGAUGAAGCAGCUUUGAAGGAGCCAAUCAUUAGGAGGUUCGAGGAGGAAGGAAACCCCUAUUACUCCAGUGCAAGUUGGGUCCUGCAAGCAGAAUGGGCUACUGGAAAAGGUGGUAGCAGUUUCCAGAAGACCCUGAAGCCACUGGUAAAUUUCAGAUCAUGGUCAUGAUUAUGGGAUGACGGAAUUAUUGAUCCAGCUGACACAAGACUGGUUUUGGGCCUCAGUCUCAGCGCAGCACUAAAUGCACCCACAAAGAAGACAGAAUUUGGAGUCUUCAGGAUGUAAACUUAAACUUGCGAUCAUCAGAAUUACUUCUGUAUAUUUUAUUUGGGGCUGGGAAGCACAUUAACUACAAUACUGCGGUGAUGAAAAAUAAAGAUUUGUAAGAUGCUAUUUUUAAUGAAACUUUCAUCACUGUUUUCACUGACUGUAACUGUCACACUGCUUCAGUUUUUUGAUGGUGAUUUGAGAUGUCAUUUAAGUGCUUAUGUAACUGCUUUGCAUGAACCAAUUGCAGGUUCUAGUGUUAUACUUCAUGUUUGACAAGAAACUAUUGAUUCUAUCUCUUAUAUAAAUAAAUGUGCCUAAUAAGCUA